AUGCUGCGCACGCGAGCUACAGCCAACUCGAAGCAUGCCCUUCAAUAUGUCCAACAGGCAGCAGAAAGGAUACAGCUGCCAUGGCUGUGUCCUGCCCUCGCUCAGUCAUAUACUGUCAGAUCCCAGCACAGAUCAAUAAGCACACGUCCCACGGUCUCGCGCUCCAAGACGUUGCCUGCACCCAUCACCCAGUCCAGGCAUCUUGCCUCCCCAGCAUCCGCACACGAGAGUUUCGACCGCAGCGAUGAUUAUAUCCCUUUUACCUAUGGCAACCGAGAAUAUCCCAUAGCCCAGAAUCCGCAUCGGUCUUCCAAAGAUGACCUUUCUCCGUUUGACCUGUCUCAGAUAUUGAUGCUCGAUGCUGCGGACCUUGUUGAAGACCACCUCGAGACCAAUGCGGGCAGCAACAAGCUAAGGAAUAUCGAUGAAAUCGAAGCCACCCUAGACGCUUGUUUGCAAGUGCACCGAUGGGAUCGGGCAUUCACACUGCUGUCACAACUGAGCCUUUUCUGUCAAAAUAAUCCCUCUCGAUUGCGGAACUCAUUCAAUCGCGUCCUUGGGGCUAUGGUGGACGAUCUUAUAUGGAGUCGCAAUGACGAACAUGAAAAAAGGAUAAAUGAAUGGAUCGAGGUGCACAUGAGAAAAGCCGAGCUGGAACCGGACGCUCAUACCUUUGCAUUAAAAUUAAAAGUGGCUUUGGAGACCUUGAUCGGAUCGAAAAGAGAUCGAACAGUGCGUCGCUACUGGGACAUGACCAAAAGAUAUCAAUUGGAGAGCAAAGUCCUGAGUAUGCGAGAUGUCUUGGAUGACAGAGAUCUUGGGAGACUUUCUGAAAUUUGUCCAAUCGAAGUCACGGCCCGUCAACCGGAGCGACUGGACGAUCCCCUGCCGCAAGAUUCCGUGCGGACCGGAUCUUUAGAGAAAGAGCAGGUCCAUGUUCGAGAAACUGAACAAAAAGGGUUGGGAUUGUCCUCGCUCAGACGCUCGCUGUCUCUCUUUUCUGAACGGACAGAGAACACUGUUGAGGCGAGAUCAAAGGAAGACCCUCUUACACAAAGGCAAAGGCGAUUGGAGAGAGACGCAAUACAAUCCGCUCUCGACAGGUGGAAGGCCGAAUUUCAGAAAAGAGCUAGCAUAGGGAUUCUGCCGACGGAUCUCGCUCAUGGCGAAAUUGGAGCUUUGCUUUGGCAAUGGCACGAGAUAAUGGCUGAAAAGAUCAAGCAAGAAAUCAAGCUGGCCAGGGAAGAGGAUGGACUGCCGGGUCCAAAAUCAGCGCAACAGAAGCUUCGAGCCGAAUGUUCACCAUUCCUCGAGCUGCUACCCCCGGAGCACGUUGCUGCCGUGACCUCCAUUGCCCUGGUCCAGAUCAUGAGCAAGGUCGGCGCAUCGAAGUCGGUCAAGCUCGUCCGGCUGGUCACUUCACUUGGACAAACACUUGAAAACGAACACAACGCGACGAAUAUCAAUCGGGAAAGAAAUGCAGUGCGCAAGGCGAAGCGACAAGGAAUCAUUGAAUCCCCGUUCGAGCAUGGAGCAAUCCUAUCCUCGCAUCUGCACAGACGCUCGUCUCACCAUGCUGCUCGACCAUUUGUGUACAAUAAAGAGUGGACUAAAGCAAUACACGGGAAGGUCGGGGCUGUACUCUGUGAACUUAUGUUUGAGACGGCCAAGAUCACGAUCACAAGAAAGGACUCAACGACGGGAGCUGCGCUUUCAAUGCCUCAGCCUGUCUUCUUGCACUCCACGGCCUACCAGAAUGGUCGAAAGGUGGGGAUGGUGUCCUUGCAUGAAGACUUUGUCAAGCUUCUUGUCAGCGAGCCUGCAGAACAUCUGAUUGCCAAGCAAUUACCCAUGGUGUGCCCGCCAAAACCGUGGAAAGGCUUCUACGACGGCGGUUUUCUAGAGUCGAAGCAACCCUUUCUCCGCAUCAAACAGAAUGAAACCGCGCAAAAGGACUACGGCAUCGCUGCUGCAAGCCGAGGUGACCUUGACCAACUUUUUGCUGGAGUUGACGUCCUGGGCAAGACCGGAUGGCGAAUCAACAAGGAUGUGUUUUCUGUUAUGCUCGAAGCGUGGAACAGCGGUGAAGAAGUCGCCAACCUCCCACCUCUUAACAAAGUCUUCCCUGAAGUCGAACGGCCUGGAGAGAACGCAACGCAAAAGGAGCGCUGGGAGUGGUUUUCGAAGAUGCGUGCCAUGGACAACGAGAGGACAGGCAUCCAUUCAAAUCGGUGUUUUCAAAAUUUCCAGAUGGAGAUCGCGAAGGCCUACCUCAACGAGACGUUCUAUCUGCCACACAACAUCGACUUCCGCGGGCGUGCCUAUCCUAUCCCACCGUAUCUCAACCAAAUGGGUGCCGAUAAUUGCCGAGGGCUCCUGUUGUUUGAUAAAGGGCGUGAGCUGGGCAACGACGGACUGCGCUGGCUGAAAAUCCAUCUUGCCAAUGUGUACGGGUACGACAAGGCCAGCCUCUCUGACCGUGCUCAGUUUCCCAUGGACCACCUGGACGACAUUUACGAUUCUGUUCGGAAUCCUCUCAACGGCAGGCGCUGGUGGCUCUCCGCAGAGGAUCCGUGGCAAUGUCUGGCCACUUGUUUCGAAUUGACUAGCGCUCUUGAAAGCCCCGAUCCGACGAAGUUUGUUUCGCGACUCCCAAUUCAUCAGGAUGGGUCGUGCAAUGGACUGCAACAUUAUGCGGCGCUCGGCGGCGAUCUGGCUGGAGCCCGGCAAGUCAACUUAGAACCGGGCGACAAGCCUGCUGACGUCUAUAGCGGUGUGUGCGAGCUGGUCAAAGCCGAGAUCAAGGAAGACGCUGCCAAGGGUGACGCGCUGGCAAAAAUGCUUGAUGGCAAAGUUACACGCAAAGUGGUCAAACAGACUGUCAUGACCAAUGUGUACGGAGUCACGUUCCUUGGUGCCAUCCGGCAAGUGCGUAAACAGGUGGAGGUCCUGAUUCCCGAAGUCGAAGCUGCUGGGCUUUCGGGCAAAGCAUCGACGUAUAUUGCAAGAAAGAUCUUCAGAGGUCUCGGUGCACUGUUUACGGGAGCUCAUGAAAUCCAAUACUGGCUGGGUGAUUGCGCCAACCGUAUCAGCUCCUCGAUCUCGCCAGCCCAGCAAGAAAAGAUUUAUGCAAAGGAAGCCUCGGGCGUCACGAAGACUAAAGAGCGGUCAGGCCGAGGCAAAGCCAAGGGCAAGGAGGUAUUAGAAUCUGCGGCGUUCCGGUCACCGGUUAUUUGGACCACGCCUCUCAAACUGCCUGUGGUACAGCCAUAUCGCAUCAACAAGGGGUUGACAAUCCAGACGAAUCUGCAGAGCAUCACACUGGCCCAACCGAGUGUGGCAGACUCUGUUAACAAGAGAAAACAACUGCAGGCAUUCCCUCCAAAUUUUAUCCACUCGCUUGAUGCCACGCAUAUGGUCCUCUCAGCUUUGAAGGCCAACGAACUUGGACUCAGCUUCUCUGCCGUGCACGACAGUUUCUGGACCCACGCUGCCGACGUCAACUCUCUCAGCGAACUCUUGCGAGAUGCUUUCAUCCGCAUGCACAGCGACGACAUCAUCGGGCGGCUUGCGGCCGAGUUCAACAAGCGAUACGACGGUCAUUUCUACUUGGCGCAAAUCAACAAGUCUAAUGUGCUAGGUAAGGCCAUCACCGCGUACCGUAAGCAGAUGGUUGCCGAAGGCGUCUUCCCUGCGGGCAAUGGAUCGAAGAGCAUCCAGCAAAGACGGCAUGCCGAAUUGUUGCGAGAAAUCCGAAAGAAGAAACUGAUGGCCAGUAAUGAUCCUAAACAGAGAGAGGAAGGUGAAAGGAUGACGACGGCGGCGAGUCUGUAUGAGCAAUACGAUGGAGAUAAGUAUCUGUUUCAUCGCGAUUCUCUUGGAGAGACAGCCAUCGGUGCUAUUCCCGAGACGAUGGAGUGUGCCAAGGAGGAGAUCGUGGAGGCAGCUCUGAACGCGAGCGAAGUUGCCGAUGAUAUCGACCUUCCAAGCACGUUGGAUCCGCUAAGAGAUUCGGUCGCCAACGAGAGUGAUGAAGACCCCAUCGACGUCAAGACUGGCAGCACCACCCCCGAUGGUCCUGCGUCCGACCUACUCGCCAACGCGCACCAAGCUGCUGUCAAUGCCUUUGGCCAGAGGCUCCGAACACAAAAGAAGAAGAGUAGUCAGAAGAGCCAAAAUAACCAAAUAUGGCUGUGGCUGCCCAUCAAAUUCCGGCCUGUGCCGAAAAGGGGUGACUUUGACGUUAAGAGGCUGAAGGACAGCACUUACUUCUUUUCAUGA